AUGGCUUCUUCAAGAAAGCUUCUUGCUCUCUUCUUCUUCUUCAUCUUCCUCUCCCCAAUCUUCGUCACCUCCGAUAACAACGUAAACUUCACCUUCAAAUCCUUCACAAUCCGAAACCUCACAUUCCUCGGCGACUCCCACCUUAAAAACGGCGUCGUGGGACUAACCCGGGAGCUAGGCGUACCCGACACAAGCUCAGGAACCGUAAUCUACAACACACCAAUCCGUUUCUACGAUCCAGCUUCAAACACCACGUCGUCUUUCUCCACACACUUCACCUUCUCCGUCCAAAACGUGAACCCAGACUCCUCCUCCUCCGGAGACGGACUCUCCUUCUUCCUCUCCCACGACAACGACACCUUAGGAAGCCCCGGCGAGUUCCUCGGCCUCGUCAACUCCUCUCAGCCCAUGAAGAACCGCUUCGUCGCGAUCGAAUUCGACACCAAGCUCGAUCCUCACUUCAAUGACCCGAGCGGGAACCACGUCGGCUUAGACGUGGAUAGUUUGAACUCAAUCGCCACGUCGGAUCCGUCGAUCGAUCUCAAAUCAGGGAAAUCGAUCACUUCUUGGAUCGAUUACAAGAACGAGAUCCGUUUGCUUAACGUCUUCUUGGAUUACUCUGAUGCGAAGAAGCCAGAGAAGCCGAUUUUAUCUGUAAACAUCGAUCUUUCUCCGUUCUUGAACGGUGAGAUGUACGUAGGGUUCUCUGGAUCAACGGAAGGGAGCACAGAGAUUCAUCUCAUCGAGAAUUGGAGUUUCAAGACGUCGGGGUUUGUGCCGGUUAGAUCGAAAUCUAGUCGUCCUCACAAUGUCUCAGGUAGCUCUGUAGCUCCUGUGGCUAUACCUAAGGGUCAAAGACAUCAAAGACGUCAAAGACACAGUCUUGCUAUUGGACUUGGCAUCUCUUUCCCUGUCUUCUUCUGUUUAGCUCUAUUGGUGUUUGGUUACUUUACUUUAAAGAAGCUGAAAGGAGUUAAAGCGGAGAAGGAGCUUAAGACGGAGCUUAUCACUGGCCUUAGGGAGUUUAGUUACAGAGAGCUUUACGGAGCUACGAAAGGGUUUCAUUCAAGUCGUGUCAUUGGGAGAGGAGCGUUUGGGAAUGUGUACAGAGCGAUGUUUAUAUUGAAUAAUGAGGUUGAGCCUAGUCCGGUUCCGAGGAUGAAACCUACACUAUCUUUCUCUAUUGGGUUAAUAAGUCUUGAUGAUAUUGUUUCCAAAGAUGAUGGAGACAGCAUCGUGUAG